AUGGUUCGCUUUUGCAAACUCUUGGCACUCGGUGCUGCAUUCACAUCUGCCCUCGCAUUUGAACGGGUUGAUACCCAUAUCCACGCCCUUCCCCCUCCAUACAUCGAGGCCCUCAAGGCCGCUGGGGGUGAUCCGUCCGGCUUUCCAACGCCGGACUGGACGCUUGAAGCAACGAUUCGCUCUAUGAAUCAGGUCAACACAGACAUCGCAAUAUUGUCUCUCUCCACUCCCGGUGUUCCAAUCGCAGGUACCGGCGAGGCUGUCAGAGUCUUGACCAGGACGCUGAAUGAGUAUUUCGGGAAUGCUACGACAGAGGUCGAGUACAACAAGCGUCUUGGGUUCUUCGGAGUUCUCCCCGACUGGCGAGACGUCAAUGGUACCCUCGCUGAACUGGACUAUCUGUACCUAUCGCAGAGGUUGUGCAACGGUGUAACCGCGUACACCACAUACGGGGAUAUGCUACUCGGCGACCCUCUCUUCGCCCCCAUCUGGGCCAAGCUCCAGAGUUACAAGGCGCUUGUCUUCGUUCACCCAGGUGUCUUGGCUGUCUCGCCAAAGUUCAUCGCGUCCAACCUACCCCAGCCCGUGGUGGACUACCCCAUCGCAACGACGCGCACAGCCGUUGACCUGGUUAUGACGCAGACAGUGCGCCGGUGUCCAGAUGUCGACAUCAUCCUCUCUCAUGCUGGCGGCGCCCUCCCAUUCGUCGCAGGAAGAGCGAUCGGAAGCCUUGCAUUGCCGGAGAUUGCCAGCGCGGUAGGUUAUGAUAUUGUUCAUGCUAGACAGGAUUUUGGUCGGUUCUAUUACGAUGUUGCUUUGAGUGUGAGCGCUGCUCAGCUCCACGGGCUUUUGGACUUUGCGGAUGAGUCUCGCAUCCUUUUCGGGUCCGACUUUCCGUACGCGCCACAAGUCGCCAUCAACACUUUGUUGGCGCAGUACGCUGCGUUUGUAGCUACGGAUGACAGAGGUUCUAUGGUUGGCCCCCUGAAGCUUCGAGAGAACUCCCUCAAGCUGCUGAGCAAGCAUGCCUUGAGAAAGAGCUUCUAA